ACCCAAAGGCUUGUUUUGGCGUUAACACAAUGGUCAAUGGUAUAUUUGUUAUAACAACAUUCGUAACUUCAACUCAUUUGAAUUUGUGUACUGUGUUUUUUCUCAAGUAGUAGUUUGAGUCAAUCCUUAGAAACGACUGCACUGUGGAUCGAGGAAAACGAAUGCUGACGGGACUUAGCUGGUUGGCUAACUAGCUGAAAUGUUACACGUUAGUUGACUAGCUGAGAAAUAACAUACCAAACCUAGUGUGAUACCUAGAGUUAGGAGUUAGGAAGUUAACGUUAAUAACUGUUGUUACUGACAUAAAUCUUGAUAUUAUGUUGUAUGCCGAUCAAGGCAGCUAUCUAAACUGGCUCUGACGUUAACUGAUAAACAAAGGUGGGCACAUAAACCAAAUAGUACCCUACUCUGCCGAAGUUACGUUAACGUAGGCUAAUCGCCAAGAUGUUAGCUAGCAUUGAUCCAUAGAUAUAUAUACACUGUUUGUUUUAUAUCCUAGCUACAUACAUGUAUGUAAUUUGGAAGUCACCGAGGUUGACUAUUGCUGUCGUGUCUGCAGGCGUGACUAACGUUUAUCUGAUCCAAUAGGGGAAGUCAGUCUGGUGUGGUCAGCUCAGCUGUCACUUGAGCUAACGCUGCAUCGCUUCCCUUUCCCAAGUGGCAACCGUCAGUUGAAUAGAUUUGUACCAGAGCCCGUCUUCCUAUUACACAUUCUCUGUUUGUACAUAAACGUGUCUUGCGCUGCACCGAGCCGUUAUUUCGACAGCUUAACUGUGGCGACACCUUUCUCUUGCCUGUUUUGUUUAUUGAACAGGACAGUUUGUUGUUUCCCUGAUUGUAUUCCAGAGUGUCAUGUGGGAGUGAUCUGGUGUUGAUGAGCAGUCAUGCUUGCUACCCAAACAACAGAAACGGGCCCGGACACCAAAGACGUGAAACAGUGGAUCAAGGAGAAGAUCGCCCAGACCAUCAAAGCCCUGCAGAAGCGCUACGUGGCGACGGACACCGCUGUGACCAGUGAGGAUGCCGAGGCCAACCUGCUGUGCUGCGCGCUCGAGGCCGCCUUCAUCCACGGCAUCAAGGGCAAGCACGUCAGGUCUGAGGUCGGAGGUCGCGGGAGGAAAGGGGGCGGAGGCAGGGGGGGCACUCUCCCCCAGCCGGACUUCUGGGGGCUGCUCAAGUCUGUCACUCACAGAGAUGUGAUUCUGGAGCUGGAGGGGCUGAACUUCAUCAGUUCUGGCGUGGGCCGGUGCCGGGCCUGGGUCCGUCUGGCACUCAACGACAGCUUGCUGGAGUGCUACCUGGCCUCCCUGCUGAGGGAGAACUCCAAGCUCGCCGGGUAUUACCAGCAGGGGGCGCUUCUGCUGGACACUGAGGACCGUGAGGUGCUGCUGAGCCUCCUCCAGGGCCUGGCUUCGCUCUCCUUCCAGCUCUCCUACAAGUCGGCCGUGCUCAACGAGUGGACCGUGACUCCGCUGGCGCUCGCCGGACUCUGUCCUCCGCCUGCCGCCGACCAGGCGUUCCACGCCAACGCCAGCAGCAACGGCAAACACAAAGAAUCCUGGGACACGGUCUCGCAGUCGUCGGGGGGCUCCGACGUGGCGGCGGGUCGUGGAGGCGGCGUCACGGAAGGGGUGGCUGAGAUGAGGGCGUCGAACCUGAGUCUGGACACCACGGGCUCGUCGCAGCUGUCGUCCAGCCUGAGCUCGGACAGCCUCCUGCAGGGGACGGAGUUCCGCUGCCCGGAGAGGGACUCGUGGGAGAUUGGACACGCUGACGCCAAGAAGCCUUACAGAGAAGAGAGCACGACGUCCAGUCAGGACUCCAUGAGAGAGGACUCCUACAUCUCCGGCCUCACCGGUGACCAUCUCUCUGAGAGCACAGCCUUCAGCAGCCUAGACAACGACACGCACACGCCCACUACCGACACGCACACGCCCGCUACCGACACACACCUCCCAUCACCUCCACGCACCUACACACCGGACCCUGACUCCCACCUCACACACACUCUCAACACAAAUCUGACGUCGGUCACAUGCGCUUCAGAUAAGGAUGUACAUUUUACACACACACCAGUCAGAGACACACACCAGUUCCCCUUCGAUAGCAAAGACGCUCCACUCACCUCGACCCCAGCAAGUGACCCAUGCAUCAAAGACACACACCUUGGGCAGUCUUCAGCAGCCGAUGCACAACUCACGGAAAACACACACGGCACCGACGCAGGCAUCACACACACGCAAACCGGCUGCACAUACCUGCAGGUGGCGCAAAGCACUUUAAUGGACACGGAGGUGGAGGUUCUAAGACCGAACAAGCGCAACAGGAGCCCAAUGCGACGGAACCGUUCCCCCGGCGGCCCGACGACAACUCCCACCCCAGCGGAAUCUACCGUUACCACAGCAACGACCUCUGGACCUCCCGAAAUAGACACCAAGAAGCCCGAUCAGCCGACCCACCCAUCCCCAAGCCCUGCAGAGCCAGCGGUGUUUCCACGGCGAUCAGAGAGCACCAUAAGCAGGCGUAGAUCAACAGACGUGGGCCCCACUUCCUGGAUCUCGGAGGAUGACUUCUACAAACCUGAGACGGAUGAAUCCGGUAGUCUGACGGAUCAGCCCACGUUUGGAGCGGCGCUGAUGAACGGGUCGUUGUCUCCGCCACCAGAACCGGAAGUCCCCCAGGUCGCCCCCAGCGUGGUCCACCGCAGACAGAUAGGUCUGUCCAACCCGUUCCGUGGCCUGCUGAAGCUGGGUCCUCUGGAGAAGCGCAGCGCAGUGGGCAUGUGGUGGGAGCACCACUGCGAGCUCUCGCCCUUCGAGCUGCGCCUCUACCUGGACCCCGAGGACCGGGCGGCCUGCGACAACUCCUCCCUGCUGCGCUGCGAGGAGGCGCGUCUCCGCGGCGACGGCGAGGGCGGCCGCUUCCUGCUGGCCUUCGCCGGCGGCAAGCGGCUGCACCUGCGCGCGGGGACGCGCGGCGAGGCCGAGGACUGGGUGGAGCGUGUCCAGGAGGCCGUGGCCAAGAUCCGCCCGGCAACCGGCCUUCGCCACGGCGACAGUCCUGGUAACAGAAGCCCCGACGACGCGUGGGAGGUGCUCCGCGUGUCAGGGAAGCACUCCGACGGUGAAACGCCCACCACCACCACGCCGUCGCCGGUCUCCUCGUCCACGCCCGCCUCCACCCCGGCAAGCCCAGAACACGCCCGCGCAGCCCUGACUCCGCCCCCUCCUCCUCCUCCUCCUCAACCCCUCGCUCUGGACUGGACGCGACCCGCCGACCCGGAACCGGACGCCAUCAAAGAGGCGGUGGUGUACCAGCUGGCGGCCGCGUCCCCUCAGGGCUCCUCGCUCUCCCACUUCCCCCCGACGGAGGACUGGACACAGCUGCUCCUCUCUCUGUCCCUGGAGGCCCUGAGUGGUUUCCGUUGGCAACCUGAACUCACGGCGUCCAGCGCCGACGACGAUGACGUGGACGGCGGAGGAGGAGGAGGAGGAGGAGGUCACAAGGCGCCGCUGUUCCGCCACGCCAUCCAGACGGUGCGCGACGUGGUGCCGGACGCUGCCCGCGGCGGGCCGGAGUUCUUCAAGGUCGUGACCUCGGGCGGGGUGACCUUGACGCUGCGGGCCGAGAGCGGCGAGGAGGCGCGCACGUGGAGAGGUCUCAUCCGCGAAGCGCUGGACUCCUACCUGGAGACCGAGGAGGAAGAGGAAGUGGCGUCAGCGGCGGGGGCGGGGUCAGUGGGGGGAGGAGGAGCAACCGGCGACGUCAGUGCUGGAGGGGCGUGGUUAGCACAGGGAAGCGUGCAGCGAUUGGUCCAGCACCGGCUGAAGGGCGAGGCAGCAGGGCUGCUGCCACACCUGGGCACCGUGCCGAUCGAGAGAGGGCUGGACGCCCAGAGCUUCCGAUGCGCAGGCUGUAGUAAGAAGAUCGGUGUGUCCAUGGGCAAAGCCAAACUCUGUGAGUUCUCCGCUCAGUACUACUGUGAGUCCUGUCACCGUGGCGACGCUAUUGUCAUCCCCUCCCGCUUGGUACACAACUGGGACCUGACGCCACGAGAGGUCUCCAAACAGGUCUUGAAGCUGCUUGCCCAGAUUGAGCACGAGCCCUUGCUCAACCUUGACCUCCUGAACCCUGACCUUUACGAGCACUCUGAAACCAUGGCGACUGUGCGGUCACUGCGGCAGAAGCUCCGUCUCCUGGGUGACUACGUGCUCCUGUGCCGCAGCGGAAUCAAGAAGAAGCUCCAGGCCAAGCUCAAGCAGAGGACUUACGUCCUGGAGUCUGACCAGCUCUACAGUGUCAUGGACUUGCAUCAGAUAGCGGAGGGUCAGUACCAGCCCGUCCUGCUUUCGCUGAUCCACCUGUCGGCCGGCCACGUGCACGGCUGUGACCUGUGCACCCAGCGAGGGUUCAUCUGUCAGAUCUGCAACGCCGAUGACAUCAUCUUCCCCUUUCAGUUUGAGACCACUAGCAGAUGUAAGGGCUGUAAGGCGGUGUUCCACUCGUCCUGUAGAGAGGACAGCCCCACGUGUCCUCGCUGCGUCCGGCUGCAGAGGUACCUGGAGCGAGACCUGCAGGACUGAGCACUGCCGCUCUGUGGGUCCCUCCAGGCUUGCCGUACCCCGUGGGCUCGCUCCCUCCUCUCCUGUCUAGGAGAACAGAAUGGACCAGCACUGAUAUUCUCCUGAUGCUCACAGGCACUGUGUGUCCCAGCGGGCUUUCUGUAGUCGCUGUCUGAGCCAAGGAAAAGGAGUCAAGGACGGGGUGCUGUUUGUCCCUUUCUGCCUCCCUUAGCCGCCUUCCUCCUGACAAAUCACUUCUCGGUUGUCAGAGGGGGAGCUGGACUGGAGGACGAAUGUCACUUCUUAACAGAGGGCCUCUGGAGUGGUCAUCUCAGUCACAAGUGCUCUUAUUAAAACACACAUACACACACACACACACACACACACACACACACACAUACAGCACGAGCAGGAGGUGCACACUCUGCUUGUGCUGUUGAACUGGACGACACUUGGGACCAACACUAUCACCUUUGCACUUUUGCUGGGAGGCUCCUGUAGUUGCCCUCAGCGACGACACCAUGGCGACCGAUUAGCACCGACUGUUGUACAUGCCUGUUUUUCUGUGUGUGUGUCCGUCUGUCCCAGACAGCCCCUGUGGACUCGAGAGCCGGUCACUCUUCAGGUGCCAAGAGACCGCUUCUCACUGCUACACAACAUCAACACGCCUCAGUGGCUCCGUCAAGACCACAGUCUGUCCUGAGGGUCCGUCUCUCUCUCUCUCUCUCUCUCUCUCUCUCUCUCUCUCUCUCUCUCUCUCUCUCUCUCUCUCU